AGAUACUGUCAUUAGUAUUUGCUGUUUUUACUUACCGACAAACCAGCAGUUUGGGUAAUUUUCAUUUCUUCGUAUUUAAGACGAUAAAAACGUAAAUGUGGUAAGUGUUUACGCUGAAUUCACAACCAUGGCUCCGACGAUACAGAACGGAACGAACUCGGGCGACAAACGAGCCGUUGCUCGCCCUCAGGAUAAGCGAUCCGAGCUUAUUUCCCGGGUUAAGUUCUGUAACACUUUGCCGGACAUCCCGUUCGAUCUGAAGUUCAUUACAUACCCGUUUGAGAAUGACCGCUUUAUCCAAUAUAAGCCCACCUCGCUGGAGCGAAACUAUCGCUACGAGGUGCUGACGGAGCAUGAUUUGGGUGUGACGAUCGAUUUGAUCAAUCGCGAUUUGUACCAGAUCGAUCAUCUGGCUCAGCUGGAUCCUGCCGAUGAGAAACUGUUGGAGGAAGACAUCCACACGCCGCAGGAUUCGAAGCGUAGCAGCCAGCAUGCAAAGUCCGUUUCGUGGUUGAGAAAAUCUGAGUACAUUUCCACGGAACAGACCCGUUUCCAGCCGCAGACCAUGGAGAAGGUUGAGGCCAAGGUUGGUUUCAACGUUAAGCAGAGUUUGCGUGAGGAAACACUUUACAUGGACCGGGAAGCCCAGAUUAAGGCGAUCGAGAAAACAUUUGAUGAUAAUAAGAAAGACAUUACUGCUCACUACAGCAAACCGGGUGUUACGCCGGUGGAAGUGCUGCCUGUGUUUCCCGAUUUCGCCAAUUGGAAGUAUCCUUGUGCUCAAGUUAUAUUUGAUUUCGAUCCGGCUCCGAUUGGAAAGAAUGUCCCGGCCCAGAUUGAGGAGAUGUCUCAGGCUAUGAUUCGGGGAGUGAUGGACGAAAGUGGCGAACAGUUUGUGGCGUACUUUUUGCCUAUGGAAGAGACACUGGAGAAAAGAAGACGCGAUCUUGUCAACGAAACGCUGUACGAGGAUGAUGAGGAGUACGAGUAUAAAAUGGCCCGCGAGUAUAACUGGAAUGUUAAGAGCAAGGCGUCGAAAGGAUACGAAGAAAACUACUUCUUGGUACUUCGCCAGGAUGGAGUUUAUUAUAACGAGUUGGAAACUCGGGUCCGGUUGAGCAAACGACGACAGAAAGUUGGUCAGCCGCCCAAUAAUACUAAAUUGGUGGUCAAACAUCGGCCUCUGAAUGCUUCCGAACAUCGCAUGCAGCGCUAUCGAGAGCGUCAAUUGGAACCACCGGGAGAAGACGAUGAAGAUGAUGUUGAAGAUGAAGAGGAGGAGGACGAUGAAGAUAUGGACGAGGAAAUUCAAGAGACCCAAGAUCAGGAAGAAACGCAGCAAACGCAAGAUGGGGAAAGAGCAAGUCGUUCACGAUCUCGUUCUCGAAGUGGAUCGGAACGUUCCCGUUCCGGAUCCAGAUCUCGCUCGCGAUCUGGUUCAAGAUCCCGUUCAGGGUCACGCAACCGGUCCCGCUCUGGCAGCCGUCAGAGUCGCAGUCGCAGCCGAUCGAAGUCGGGUAGCCGUAGUCGGAGUGUUUCUCGUUCAAGAUCUCGCUCGGGAUCGAGAUCGAAAUCGGGCUCCCGUAGUCGUUCGCCAUCGAGGUCCAGAUCUGGAUCACGUUCGCGUUCUGGCUCGAGAAGCCGCUCGGGAACACCCGGUUCUAGAGGCGGCUCGCGCAGUCGCUCUGGCAGUCGUUCUGGUAGUGAACGUAAAUCGGGCAGCGAAUCCGAGUGAUAGGUUUAGAAUCCACGACUUUCUGCUUGGACAAAAAGAUACUUUCUUUGACAGUUGUCUGAUAUGUAAUUUCAUGAUAUGGUGGAAAUAAAUACUAUUGAAGCAAA